GAGAAAACCUAAGCCCAAUAAGAAGCCCAUUCGAUAUCCACAACAACGAAAUGUGGUAUAUAAAUAGAUCUAACUUGGGAAUUAGGGUUUUAAGAACUCCUUUGUCUACGAAGCACAGCAGCCCUGUUUCCUCCAUCCUCAGCCUCUUACUCCGCAGCCGAAAAUGGUGAAGGGACGCCAAGGAGAACGCGUUAGGUGCUCAAUCUUCUCUCGUCCGAUCAUUCUCCUGAUUGAUUUAGCUUAUAAUUUUGUGCAUUUUUUUUUUUCUGAAAUCGUCCGUUUUUGUUUACUGUUUGGAUGAUUCUGUGCAGGCUCUAUGUCAGAGGAACUAUUUUGGGUUACAAGAGGUCGAAGUCAAACCAGUACCCAAACACUUCCUUGAUCCAGAUCGAGGGAGUGAACACCAAGGAAGAAGUGAACUGGUACCUGGGGAAGAAGAUGGCCUACAUCUACAAGGCCAAGGUGAAGAAGGAUGGAACCCAGUACCGCUGCAUUUGGGGAAAGGUUUGCAGGCCUCAUGGUAAUAGCGGCGUCGUCCGUGCUAAGUUCAAGUCCAACUUGCCUCCUAAAUCUAUGGGUUCGAGAGUUCGCGUCUUCAUGUAUCCUAGCAAUAUCUAAGGUAUACAUUUUACUAAUUUAUGCUGUUUUUUCUAGGGUUCUUUGGGUUUAUGAGGUGUUUUGAUAUCUGUAAGUAUUGGAAUUUUAUUUGUUUUAGCUGUCAAAACGUGGGCUUUAUUGUUUCUGUGCUUGUGUUGAGGCAAUAACUUCUAUGCCAUCGGGAUAAUCUGUGAUUCUUGUUGUAUUUGUUUGGUGAACAUAAGCACUUUUCUUCAGGAUGUUGUUUGACCUAAAUGCUGUGUAAGUUCUAUAUUGUUGGGUUUAAUCUGCUAUAUCUGUUAUAUGCUGGCAGAGAAAGAUUCCUGACCGACUUUGUUUGCUGUGUAAGUUCUAUAUUGUUGGUUUUAAUCUGCUAUAUCUGUUAUAUGCUGGCAGAGAAAGAUUCCUGACCGACUUUGUCGUUUCAAUGUUUCUGCUGUUUCUUUUAUUUCUGGUGAUUGUAAUUAACGAAACGUGUACCUUUUCAACCCUUAAUUUGUACAACCACUGGUCUUAUUGGCACACUCUAUUUAUCUUCCUAUUGGAUCAGUAUGUUAGUUUUUGAUGCUUUGAUAUUACUUUCAUGGUUCAUUUAUUUCUGCGUGUUUCUGACAUUUCAAGUUUGGCAUCAAGAAUGAGGAGCUUUUAUUCCCUUGAGAGUUUCUUCUCAUCAUUUGGAUUUCUUUUUGUGCGUGAAGCGGGGUAGGGGAUAUGGGUGAAGAUUUUAUGUUAAUCAUGUAGUUCCUACUUACAUGAAGAAGUUGAAGUUAUAAAAUUUACUGAAAUUUCCUUACUGUUCCAGUUCUUUUCCGAUUGUUAUCUCUUUGGAAAUUUAGAGUUUCUUUUUUUCUUUUCAGUUAAGACUUUAAAGACAGCUGAGAUCAUUGGUGGACUUCGGAAGGUGUUAUGUGCCAGAUCAAAGCCAUUAGUGAUUGAAGGAUAGCAUUUAGAUUAUUCUCCAUUUUGUGAACUCUACUAGUUAUUUCCUAUUGGCAUGUUUGUUGAAUAGCAAGGAUGGAAAAUUUAAUGGAGUUACAAUUUUGUUUGUUGGGAUAUUUCCUUUUCCCUAUUCCUCUUAUGUUAACUUCUUUUGAAGUUGCUGUGUAUUUACAUCUUAAGGGAUGCUCGAAUCGUGGUCGGUGAUCUUUUGAUGUAGUGGUCUUGUUUAUUUUCUGCAGUUUCUAUUGCUAACUCGGCAGUUUUUUACUGGUCUAUCUGCUAAUGUUUUCUACUCGGUGGAUUUGUUUUAAUCUUGAACUGCCAGUUGUGGAUCCUGAGGGCAUCAAUGGUCCUUGUCUCUUUGCUUUGGUCUAUCUGCUAUGGUAUAUUUAUUUUGCUUUGGAGGAUUCGUUACUUUUCUCACUUUGUUCCUACUCUUCAUUGAGUUGGUUAUUGUGAAGUUUUUAACAGAAAGAUUAGUUUUGGAUUUUGAUAUUACACAGCAAGGUUCAAAGUGUACUUCUCCAAUAAGAGAAGGCAUUUGAUGUUGAUUGAUACUGUUCGUUGGUAACUAGUUUUUCUGUUUGAUGGUUGAGUGCUGUUGAACAUUGCAGAAAUUGGUUUUCUUUGUUACUUGGUUUUUCAUGUAACAUGGUUAGUGUGCCUUUACUUUCUAUUUCAUCUUCCAAUGUUGCAAUUUCAGAUGGCUAGAGUGACUUAAGUCUACUCUUGUGAACUACUGUAUGCUUUUUUAUAUGAUGUACAAAUUGUGCUACUUUG